UGAGAGGCUGGAAAGAAUUCAUGGUGUGUGUUUUUAACCCACUCUGUAAAGCAGGUUCGGAUGUAGCUGCUUCCUUCGCGGGUUCUAACUAUAAAAGAAACCGUGUUAAGAGCUCCAGUGCGGCAACCGGCUGUGACACCCCGCCUCCCUCGCCCACCCCCUGAGCUGGUCUCCUUUUUCGGCGUCUUGCAUCCUCCCACUGCGCCUCCCCCGUUGCACGUCGCGCCUCUUCUUCCACCAUGUUUGGAGCUUUCCCGCCGAGGUAACAGGACAGGAGUCGGCGGGGCGGGGGCAGGCCGUGCCUGGCUCAGUCUGCAAGGCGGGGGCGGCUCCUUCCAGCUUCUUCGCGGCUUCGCUUGGGCCUUGUCUUUGUGCUUCUUUCAGGUGAUCGCGUUUGGAAUAAUCCUGGGCACUAGGAAGCGCCCCCUGGAGCAACAGCAGCCGCAGGCACCGGGAGAUCCAGCCCUCAGAUAGUUGCUAACCGGGAGGUGCCUUCUAGCUGAUGUGGAAGUGCUCAGCCCGGUCCUGACUCUCUUCCUCCGCUUCUGGAAAGCGAACGAUCUGAUCCGUGCGUACUCACUUCAGAAAUCCGUUUCAUAUCCCCAAGGGGGAAAAAAAAAGAAAUCCGGGGAUCUUUUUGUUUUGAGUCUGCCUCCGACCUUUAUUCGCCCCCUUUAUUCCCAGUCCAUCAGGAGAUCUGUCACAGUCCCCCUCCCCUUCGCAUCAGAGCAUUUUUAGUGCCGUUGCCUCCGGUACCCGAUUCACUACCGCCUCUUCUUUUCUGCGCUUUCGGAGAGGCAGGAUGCUGAGCGGGAUGGCUCUGCUGCUGACAGCUUCUAAGCGCAUCUAAGAAAGCAAGGACCGGGGGGAGACACCGGCUGAAGAAAGAGAGAAAUGAACCAUUUUCAGCAGGGGAUGUUAUUGCUGCUAUUCCUGGAGUAUUCAGAGGCCAAAAAGCAGUGCUGGUACUUUGAAGGGCUGUCUCCUACAUAUUAUAUAUGUCGCUCCUAUGAAGACUGCUGUGGUUUAAGGUGCUGCAUAAGGACUCUGUCUAUUCAGCGACUAUGGUAUUUUUGGUUCCUUCUGAUGAUGGGAGUUUUGUUUUGUUGUGGGGCGGGUUUCUUUAUCCGUCGGCGGAUGUAUCCUCCACCACUGGUUGACGAAACGACUUAUAAUGUGUCAUACACCCGGCCACCCAGCUCCACUGCUACAGGAACCCAGCAGCCAGGGGUGGCGUACUACACAGACCCAGAAGGAGCUAUGACUUACCAUGCCCAACCUAAAUCUGCACAAGUGAACCCAGUUUAUCCACCUCUACCUUCUUACUGCAAUACCCCACCCCCACCUUAUGAGCAGGCGGUGAAAUCCUCCACAUAAUCUCUCUGAGCUGCAGCAAACAGUGACUUAGGCAGAAGGGGGCAGGACUGGGAACAGCAGAUGACUUGCUAAUACUUCAGUGUCGUUUGCAUUAUUUGGACAGUGAUGGAUUUGCAGCACCGGGUGAAUUUUCUUCUGACAUCUUCAAAACAAGAGUGAAAGUCUUUAUAGUGCUUUUUAUUGGAAGCCGAUAUUUAAAUCCCAUACACUUUCUUUUUAAUUCUAAGACAUGUAUUAACGUAUUGAUGCAGCACAGUAUGGUAGUAAGCACAAAACUAUAUAUACCAGCCUAAGAACCCUGGAGUCAAUUGUAUUUUAAGUAUGGGAAAGGGGAGAGGUGGCAGACAUGGGGCAAGAGGUGAUGGCUGAACCAAUUGUAACAUGUAAGAUGAUGAACUGUGUUUCUUUAUAAAUCUCAGAAAAAUAGGAAGGGACUGGAUGAUGCAGACUCCAAGGAACACUGGUAAGAUGAAGCAUAACAAAUGGUUUCAUGUUGGGGAAAAAUUCAUCCCUCUGUUUCACUUGCACAAACAUUGGGUAGAACAAGAUUACACCAUCUCCACCUGUUGUCCAACCUGCCACCUUAAACCUGGCUUCCUUUAUUUUUUGCUAACCAUUUUUUUUUGGGGGGGGGAGGGGUGUCUUGUUGCCAGGAAUUAAAAUUGUAAUGUACUGUUGAUGAUGUGAACCUCAUAGAAACCUGUUGGUUUUUUUGUGGAAAGAAAAAAUGAUCAGGGCCAACAAUGACAUGCACAUGUAUAGCAACAAAGACCUGAUUGCCUAGGAAACUCUUCUUCCCUAAAGAGAAUUUAUGAAAUAAAAAGAGUACUGUUGGAAUGAGAUUUUGCUGCUGACUUGACCACUUUGCAUGACA